AUGCCGUACGAACUAUCAUCUAAUCAACAGCUUGAGCGGGAAGCUGAGUUCCCACACAAGUUCCCACACAGAACUACUUUUGCCACACAAGCUACCGUACAAUAUCGCUUUGAUCCAAAUGCCUUAGCAUUCGGCUCAAGUGGCAGUAGUGGAUCUGCUGCCUCAUCCAGUGGAUCUGGCGCUGCAGCAACCGGGGGUUUUGGAGGAAGUGGGUUUGAUACCUCAGGGGGUUUCGGCAGUUCAGCAGGCGGAAGCUCUGCGGGAGGAUUUGGGGGAAGUGGAUUUGGAAGUUCAGCAGGUGGAAGUUCAUCUGGAGGAUUUGGAGGAAGCGGCUUUGGUAGUUCUUCCGGAGGAAGUUCAACUGGAGGAUUUGGAGGAAGCGGCUUUGGAAGCUCAGCCGGAGGAAGUUCAGCAGGUGGAAGUUCAUCUGGAGGAUUUGGAGGAAGCGGCUUUGGAAGCUCAGCCGGAGGAAGUUCAACUGGAGGAUUUGGAGGGAGCGGCUUUGGAAGCUCCGCCGGAGGAAGUUCAGCAGGUGGAAGUUCCACUGGAGGAUUUGGAGGAAGCGGCUUUGGAAGCUCAGCCGGAGGAAGUUCAGCUGGAGGAUUUGGAGGGAGCGGCUUUGGAAGCUCCGCGGGGGGAAGUUCAGCAGGUGGAAGUUCCACUGGAGGAUUUGGAGGGAGCGGCUUUGGAAGCUCCGCGGGGGGAAGUUCAACUGGAGGAUUUGGAGGGAGCGGCUUUGGAAGCUCCGCCGGAGGAAGUUCAGCAGGUGGAAGUUCAACUGGAGGAUUUGGAGGGAGCGGCUUUGGAAGCUCCGCGGGAGGAAGUUCAUCUGGAGGGUUUGGAGGAAGCGGUUUCGGUAGCUCUUCUGGAGGAAGUUCAACAGGAGGAUUUGGAGGAAGUGGAUUUGGAAGCUCAUCCGGAGGAAGUUCAGCAGGUGGAAGUUCAACGGGAGGAUUUGGAGGAAGUGGCUUUGGAAGUUCUAGUGGAGGAUUCGGAGGAAGUGGCUUUGGAAGCUCUGCAGGAAGCAGUUCAUCUAGUGGUUCAUCAACUGGAGGAUUUGGAGGAAGUGGCUUUGGAAGUUCAAGUGGAGGAUUUGGAGGAAGUGGUUUUGGAAGCUCAUCAGGAAGUAAUUCAGCAGGUGGAAGUUCAAGUGAAGGAGCAGCUAGCGGGGGAUUUGGCGGAAGUUUUGAUCCAAAUGCUGGAAUGGGAGGGGGAAGUAGUUCAGGAGGUGCUGCGUCAGGGGGAUUUGGCGGUAGUUUUGAUCCAAAUGCAGCAAUGGGAGGGGGUAGUUCGGGUGGAGCAUCAGGGGGAUUCGGUGGCAGCUUUGAUCCCAAUGCUGCUAACGCAGGAUUUGGUUCUAGUGGAUUUGGAUCGAGUGGUCGAAAAUAG